AGCUUAAAAGGGUGGUGUUGCAUUGUGCAUAUGCGACUUCCUUGGGCCGGCACGAGUAGUCAGUAGCCAUGGAGUCGUGGUUAAGAGCGCUCGUUCUUGUGGCGGCCGCAGCGGCUGUACUGGGCACACCGCUAGUCAACGAUCUUGAACCAGGAAAAGAAUGGCCUGAACUUUUUUCUGUUAAACAACCAAGUGAACCUGAUGAACCAGUGUUUGUUGAACGUAUAGAUGUGGAAACCACCGAAGACCCGGUUAACGCAAAUACUGAUGAGUUAGCGGCAAAAAAUGUUGAUGAGAUUAAAGAAGAAAUCCCAAAAAUCAUACAAAGAGCUGCGGCCGAUGACAAAGAUGACAAAGUAGAUUAUACUGGAGCUCAAGUAUGGAAAGUUUCAACAGAAAAUAGCGGCGUGCGCCUCAUACUUGGAAGACUACGAAGAAGGAAUUUGAUUGCAACAUGGUCUGGAAACCACUCAUACGUCGACGUUCUCGUCAAAUCUAACGCAGUUGAAAACGUCACAAAAGUAUUCCAAAGAGAAAACAUCGAUUUUAGUGUUGUCAUCGAUGAUCUCCAAAAAAGAAUUAACGAAGAGAACCCUCCUCUUGACCAAAAUGAAAUUGAACUUCAAGACAGAAGAGGUCAUCGCAUGACGUGGAAGCAGUACCACAGAAUUGAAGACAUUCACGGCUUUUUGGAUUAUUUGGCAAAGACUUAUCCUGCUAUCGUCAGUGUAAAAUCUAUUGGAAAAUCGUACGAAGGCAGAGAUCUCAAGGUUCUUCGCAUAUCAAAUGGACAAAAAACAAAUAAAGCCGUAUUUAUAGAUGGUGGUAUACAUGCUAGAGAAUGGAUAAGUCCGGCUACAGUGACGUUUCUUAUAAACCAAAUUGCAGAAAACUUCGAUGAGGAAUCUGACGAAAUUAAGAAUAUCGAUUGGUACUUCUUGCCAGUAGUGAAUCCAGAUGGCUAUGAAUACACACAUAAAGCUGAUCGCCUGUGGCGAAAGAAUAGGAAACCAACAAUUGGCACCAGACAAUGUGUCGGUACUGAUCUCAAUAGAAAUUUCGGGUAAGCAUUU